AUGGCCACCUCCUCACCACCACCACCGCCACUGUCACUCCCCGCGGGCAGAGCGAACAUCGAGGCAACUGAGAAUAACCCUCCCGGUAAAAUUCCGUGGUACCAUGCCACGGAUGUUGCUCUUUGGGCGUGGCUCGACUUUUGCAACCUCACCCAGCACCAGAUGACUUUCAACGACACGAUUCCCCAACAUCUAACAGCAACUCACAAAAAGGAAAAGGGCUUAACCCAUCACUAUACGCUAAAGUCUGUGUGGAGAAGGCUUCUAUCAAUGGCACACCGGUCCUCGCGCUGCGAUAUACGCGGUAGUGUCUCGGAGUGUAUCAAUGAGCUUUCGCCUGAGCUGCAAAAGGAUAUUCAAGAUGCCGUCGCUCAAUACACGCAGGAACACUUAGAGGCCAGGUACAAGCACGAACCGGAUCCAGCCAGCUCAUAUUCUACAUUGGGCUCGCCCGCUCCGUCGACAAAUACUCACUCCAAAAAAAAUGUGUGGAAUCAUGAUAUUCAGCUUGCAAUGGCCGCAUGGCUAGACUUCUGCAUCAUGAAUCCGCAGCAGGUCAGCUUCGAUGGCACUAUCUCCCAGCAUCUGGUAGCAACCUACAAAGAAGCAACAGGGGAGAUCUACAAAUAUACACUUCGGGCUGUAAAACAGAAGCUCUACUUGAUAACAGACCGAAGCAAGGCAUCCGAAUUUCGCGCAAAAGGCUCCGAGUGCAUUGCUGACCUUUCACCUGAACAUCGGAAAAAGAUCAAGGAUGCUGUCACUCGAUACACGGAAGAACACUGGGAGACUCGAUACCAACACGGUCUUCCACAUCCUCGCAAGCAAGCAGAUUUGGACCAGGACCCGUCCUCGAUAUCUGUGGACAAUUAUUCUAAUCAGCCACCCAAAGUGACAGCAGACACUAUGUCCCCUCCAGUCAAACAUUUCCGAGAGAAGCCAGCGCGGAGGAUCACACUCAUGUCCCAAGUUGCUACUUCGCCAGACGACAAAUGGCAAGCGGCUCUUACCAGAAAGAACCUGGAAAUCGAAACAAUGCGCUCGAAGUGGUAUGAAGAAGUCGACGACCUCCGCGAUAUGCUUUCGCAAUCGAAGCGGAAUGAACUAGCGCUUCGAGCUGAAAAUCAGCACUUAGUCAUUGCUCGGCAACAGCGAGAGGCUGCAGGCAAAGACCCUCUCGAGCAAGAACUUUUCCAGUUGACAGGUACAAUCUGGUCCCUCAACAAAAGAGUUUACGAGAUGCAAAAAUUGGCCAGUUUCGCAAACCCAAGAGAAGAAACGAACAAAGUUCUUGAGCCGGCAGUCGUUGACGAAGCCAUGGAUAACAUUGCAUCGGAACUUGAGAUGCUCAUGUAUGGACAUACCCUGAACACUAGGCUUCUAAUGCCUACUUCCGCAGGAAAUUUUGAUCUUGUUGAUUUGCUUGGCUCUAUUUUUGAGGGUUCAGCCGCUGAGCCACAAGAUAACAUGACUAGGCUUCACGAUAUGAUCGAAAAGUACCGUCACGGAAUCGUAGUAAGGAUAUUGACCGUGGCUGCGUUGCGAAAAUGGGUUUUUGCAACGGCGUUCCCUGACUUUUCGCCUCGCGAUAUGCCAUUAUUGAAAGCAUACAGAAAUAUCAUUAUCACUCAUGAUGGCUGGAGCAGGCUGCAUAAUCUCGAGCUCGCCGCGUAUAACGCCUUGGUCGAGGAGAAGGGCUUCCAGGAGAUAGUGAUUCCUCGAAAGGCUGAAGAGCUUGCAACACGGCUUUCGCAAGCACUUGGACCGUUGUUUACUAAUAAUACUCAGCAUCCCGAAUCUUGGGGAGACAACCUCGAUAUUAGUGAGGAGCGCCAUGCUCACUUCAUAGAGUUAUUCGAAAAUGCACUACGAUUAAAAGCCUCCAUGGUAGCCGUUGACCAAAGUUUUGAAUUCGUGCUGUACAGGCCAGGGACAACGACGAACCACACCGCCAAUCAAGACCAAGCAUAUUGGAAGCUAGCUUCCAUGCAUAUUUACAGGUCUGAAGCUUCUUCGCCGCGCGACGCUCUAGAAGACGCAAUCGUGAAGUCGAAGAACAUGGUAAAUAAGAACGAAGAGCAACGAACACAUUCUAGCCUGCACACCAAGAUUUUGUUCGUGCCAAAGCAAGUUUCUGGAGAUGUUGCUUCCAGAGAAAUCACAUCACGAUAUAGGAGUGUUUCAGUCGAGAGUUCUAGUGGUGACGAGGAAGACAGAGACAGUGACGGGGCGUAUAGGGGACAUGGAAGAAGUAGCCCAGGACUCGACCCACGCAAUGGCUUGACGUACUACUGCGAUGUUUGUGGUCGAUCAUUCGUGUCUGAGAGGAAUAUCACAAGACACAAGGAGAGGGAGGCAUGUGCGAAAUGUUCGGAGUGCGCUACGUACUUCCCAACCGACGCAGAGCUUCGAACACAUCGCAAAUCCGAACACAGACAUAGUGAAAGCCCGAUAAAAGUAGACCGUGCUCCCAAGCCAGACCGUGCUUCCAGACCAGAGCGAAAGGAUCAGUAUGCGAGCUAUGCGGCAAAAGACAUUAGCGAUAUAUUCAAAAAAGUAGGGAAGAAUUUCGCGUGUUCGCAUUGUAGCAAACAGGCUUAUCACAGAAGUCAUCUUAUUGAGCACGUGCGGAGUGAGCACCCUGGAGUGUACACAGAAAGCGAGCUCCAAUAUGUGCCGGAUCAGAGAUCCCGAAAGAAACGGAAACGUGAGGACUUCAGCGAAAACGAAGAUGAUGAAGACGACGAAGGCGAAGGCGACGAAGACGAAAGUGGCGAUAGUGAAGUUGGACAACUCAAAGACGGUGGCAAACGGAGACGAUUAGAAUUGAAACACUUAACGCGGCAGCAAAGUAAGCCUGAGCCAGACGAGUCGAAGAGAGGAGAUGACGCAGAUGAGGACAAGAUGGUAGACAUUCAAGUGAAGCUAGAUGCAGACCGAGACCUAGACCGGGAAGUGCCAGCUACACAGAAUUCAAGCAGCAACAGCUUGUCGUCACUCGAGGAGUUCUACAAGCCCCAAAAAGAACAAGAGCAAGCUCCCCCACUGGAGACACAUACACCAUCAAUGACAUGGAGUAGUUCGAGUAAACAAUCCCGUCUGGGCUGUGAAAACUGUGCGAGGAUAAAAGCAAAAUGCGAUGGCCAAGCGCCAUGUUCACGAUGUAAUGCCAAGAUCAAUACUCUUCAGUUAUCCAGACCCUCCAGUGAUCCUAGUAAUCCAAUUGAAGUCAGAUCAGAGGACAGCUGCGUCCCUGUGAUGCCAAUUGUACUGAACGAAUUGCCGGUCGAGAAGCAUCCGCCCACCGCACCAUCGAAUAGUGCAUGA